CCUGCGCUGGAUAUAAUUAGAGGACAACAUACCCUCAUAUCAUUGUUUAGCUUGAAUUGGGUUUCCAUCAGUUAUGCUCUCUUGUUAAUAUUUCUGUGUUUUUCAUUUGAGAGAAAUGUCAUAACACAAUACAUCAUGCAUACCUUCAAUAAAUACCUGCGUGUGGCUGUUUACAUGUGGAUCUUGGGCUCUGCUCUCAAUUGUGCAGGCUCAAGCCUGUGGGGGAUGAAGAAGGCCUUUACUACACGAUCCUGUGUUUGGCAGCUGAAUAAAAAAGCUUUCAUCCCACCAUUAGAUGAACUGAGUGUCUGCAUCGACCUCAAGAGAAAGCUUAGCACUUCUGAAUGGACUGCUUUUGACUACAAAGGUCCAGGCCAGCAGCACACGGAGCUUGGCUUAGCUGGGAAUAUGGGCAACGUAAUAGCCUCUCUUUUCGGAAAAAAAUGGACAGUUGCUUAUGACAUGCCCAUAAACGUGUGGCACAGAGUUUGUCUGACAUGGUCGACUCAUAAUAGGCUUUUCCAGGUUAUCAUUAAUAACGCGGUUUUUGAUUUUCCCUUGAAUGAAACAUCACCCAGGUUCCUUGCCGCAAAUGGUACCCUGAGUUUGGGAAUGUCACAUCAUUUUGUUGGAGGUUCUAUUGAUUUUGAGACCGGGAAGAACUUCAUGGGGGACAUGUCCUUGUUCCGGAUGUGGAGAGAGCAGAUGAAUAAACAGCAGCUGGAUGCAUGCAGCUGCGUAGAUGGAAAUAUUGUGACUUGGAGAGAGCAAGAUUGGGAUUAUCAGUGUCCACCUAUUCCAGAUGACAGCUUCAUUUGUGAAUCGUCAAAAUAUAAAAUACAAAUGAACACAGCUAUUACACGAAACAUCAAUAAUGAUUACACUGAAAAAGAUAUCCAGGAGAUUGUAUUAAUCUGGCUGAAGCAUGUUUUUCCGCAAAAAAUAUCAGUGCAUUCUGUGUUCGUGUCAAAUUUAAGAGAGGUGCCAUGGAUUGGCCCUCAAACAGGAACUGGUUUAGCUGGACAAAAUAUGGAGGAAAUUCAGGGCACUAUAAAGUCACCAAUCAAGACACAAUGGUUUGAUAGUGUGGUGUUUGUGAAAGUGAUUCCUUCAUCUGAUGUGAAUGAAACAGUGUCUAUGAUACAGAGUCUGUUAAUACCCAUCUUUUUGUACAACGACAACAAGAUCCUCCUGAAAACAAACCCAGCAUCUAUAAACAUCCUCUCAGUAGCUGUCUUUCCCAACGUGACUUCAAACCCUGCUUUGACCACCGUUGGACCAAUCUCCCCAAGUACAAAUAUUACGAUAUCAGGAACGCGCACAUCAAUACAAACAAAGGCGAUGGGAAACAUCUGUUUAAUCGCUUCAGGCUUGAUUUCAAAGAGAGAUUUUGGAGAUGUUUUUUAUAGAGUUUAUCUCAAUCUAACAAUGAGCGGCAGCAUCACAGACCCUCAAAACACUGUACAGCAAUGGCUCCAGCAAACACUGGGACAAUGCAACAUGGAUGUUUGGAAUCUAGUUAUAAAAGGAGCUCCUAAGUACAUCACUACUUUUCAGGUUCAGGCUAUGGCACCAGUGAAUGUCACAGCAACAGAGUGGCUGAUUUUUGAACUUUUGACACAAGGAUACACCAAUGAUAACAUCAGUAUCAGUGUCCCCUCUGGUGAAGUCAAGAUCAGCCAUAUAGAUCCAGGCUUUUGUCCAGAGGAAACCAUGGUUACAGUGUAUGGUAUAUACGCGUGGCCUGAAAUGACAGCUCAAAGUGAAUAUACCAUGGGGUGUGAAAGAGGCAAUAAACUUGCUACAAGGUUUUGUAAGUUAAAUGGUGCGACUGACAGAGCAGAGUGGGAUCAUCCAGACAUGAGCAAGUGUAUUCGGACAGUUUCAGAUUUUAAUGAUUUGGAAAAUAUCACAGUUACAGCUGACAAUUCAGCAGACAUCGUGGACAUGAUUAAAGAUCUUUUAAAUGAACAAAACAAUCUGAGUGGUGCUCAACUGGACAUUGUGCUUGAAAAACUGUCUGACGUCACUGAGAUUGGAAUCCUGACCACAGAUCUGUCCAGCGACAUAACUAAAAUUAUUUCAGACAUCUGUUAUAUGAAAAAUAGUUCUACCCAAACCAACAAAAUUCUUUCAAUUACAGACACUAUGGGAGACAGGACGGUAUUUAAGGGAAACGCUCAUAACAUGACAGCACCUUCAUUAGCACUUCAGCUGAUCAAUCCUGACACCUCUCAGUUCCACGGCCUCACAUUCGAGGUGUCCUCCUUGCUGAACGAUAGCACCCCUGAGAUAUUGUUUGACAGUAACUUUGCAGUGCAUCCAGACACAGGAACUUUAGCAUUCAUUUCUUUACCCCCUGCAAUUGAGAGCUUUUUCCCGGGAGCCACACCUCGUGUACAGUUUCAUUUUUACGGCAAAGAAAAUUUCUUUGAGGACCCUACCGCCGACAUGAAGCUGAACUCUUACGUAGUAUCUGCCAGUGUCACCAAUGCCACAGUAAGCCACCUUGAGAUCCCAGUGAUGGUCAUUCUCCGCCAUCUUCUAAACAAAGAGGAUCACAACAUUGUUAAGUGUGUCUACUGGGACUUCAACAAAAACAAUGAGAAAGGUGGAUGGAAUGAUACAGGAUGUGAGACAGUGACGUCUAACGCCACUCAUACGUCCUGUUCCUGUGAUCAUCUCACACAUUUUGGAGUUCUUCUGGAUAUCUCUAAAACCCCAAUAAGUGCAAAAGAUGAAAGGAUUCUGACUAUCAUCUCUUACCUGGGCAGUGGCAUAUCCUCCAUCUUUCUUGGAGUCACACUGUUGACUUAUGUGGCCUUCGAGGAAGUGAGACGAGACUACCCUUCAAAGAUCCUUAUUAACCUCUCCAUAGCCUUGCUAGGGUUGAACAUGCUCUUCCUGAUGAACUCUUGGCUCGCUUCUUUUAACAGCAGUGCCAUCUGUAUUACUGUAGCAGCCUUUCUGCAUUACUUUUUCCUGGCUACCUUUACUUGGAUGGGACUGGGCGCAAUCAACAUGUAUCUGGCCUUGGUCAAGGUCUUUAAUUCAUACGUGUCAUCUUACAUCCUCAAAUUCUGUGCACUUGGAUGGGGUUUACCUCUGCUGGUUGUAAGUUUAGUGCUCGCCAUUGAUAUGAAUUCAUAUGGCACCAGCCUCUCCAGAGCACACUUACAAGAGUCCAAUGCAUUCUGCUGGUUUAACAAUGAUGUGGCCUUUUACGUGACCGUGGUUUCCUUCGUGAUCCUGGUCAUGGUCUGUAACCUCUGCGUCUUUGUCGUGGUGCUGGUACAAAUCCGUAAAAUGCGGGUCAAUAAGCCUUCUAGCAGCAGGAAAGGGUUCCUGCAUGACCUGAGAGUGGUGGCCAGUCUCACCUUUCUGCUGGGACUUACCUGGAUUCUAACCUUUGUCGCCUGGGGCCCAGCCAAAACACCCCUGCUGUACCUGUUCUCCCUCCUCAACAGUCUUCAAGGUUUCUUCAUCUUCUUGUUUUAUUGUCUGAUGAAAGACAAUGUAAGGAAGCAGUGGAGGAUACAUCUCUGCUGUGGAAGAUUCAGACAGUCUGAAUAUUCAGACUGGAGCCGUUCUGUGACACAAGGGGCCAAAGCGAAAGGUGGUCUACAAGUCUCUACACCGUCCAUGAAGUCAGACACCACCAGUGAAAGGAAGAGCUCCGAUACCUCAAACUCAGGGACCGGCCUUAGUGGUGUCUUCCUGGCACAGGACGGGAAACUAUAAAAAAAGAGAAUAUUCUGUGUUUUUCAAUUUCUUUUUGUGUUUAUGUUAAAUUACACGUUUGUACAUUUCUAGCAGAAAUUCAUGAAAGGCUUCAUUCGGUUGUUGCCUUUUUAUUGUUGUUAACUAUUCUGUCAUUAUUUAAUUGAUUUGAAGAAAAAUUGUUUCAAUGAUUCUUUUAUUUCUUCCACGGAGGUCAUCUGUUUAAAUGUGUUAUGACUUAUACCGAUACCUAUACAUCUGUAUAGAUAAUGACAGCACUUUAAAUUACUAGGCUAGUAAUUUUUGCUUCAGACUAUCAGUAUUAAAAAGGACUUUGCAUUUGUUUGCUCAUACAGCACUCUACAGUAAGUUUUAAACAUAUGUCUAAACUAUAUGUUUAUGUUACGGUUUGCACACAUGUAUUAAUGAAUGAUUAAUAAUGAAAUCCACAUGAUUGGUCCACAAUGUCAACU